UUGCUGCGGCUCACUCAGCACCUGACUCCUCCAGCUCAGCUAUGUGGAGGCGACAGCGGGGCCGUUUCAGGCCCGUAGGAUGCGGGGUGGAAGAGCUACGGCGCUUCCGGCGGGAGCGGGAGUUAGCGGGCUCCUCUACCCCCCAGCACUGCGGAAAGCGCGGAGGGACCAGCAGCUGGUCAGCAAGAGGCUGCUGAGAGCCGACCCCCCCAAGGAAGCCGGAAAGGUGGUCUCGAUCCUUGGGGAAGCCGAGAUCCAGCAGUUCCUGCGGCUAGCCCAGCGGGGGACAGAGGAAAAAGAGAGGGAGAAGGCUCUGGCCAGUCUUCGACAGGGCUUGCAGCACUCUGAGACACAGCAGGCUUUCAUCCGGCUGGAGACUAGCAUGCGGACUCUGGUUGGGCUCCUGACCAGCAACCAGGCCCUGCUGCAACUUGAGGCAGCUCGGUGCCUGCAUGAGCUCUCUCAUUCUGACCAGCCUGUAGUGGCUGAGGCCUGCCUGCCAGCCACCUCCUAUCUCCUCACCUACCUUUCCAGUCACAGCUCAGACUUCACUGAGCUGUGUUUGUAUACACUGGGUAACCUGAUUGUGGCGAGUGAGGGUGUGAGAAGGCAACUCCUGCCACAGGGCAUUGUCCCAGCCUUGGCUGCCUGCAUCCAGUCCCCACAUGUGGCUGUGCAGGAAGCCCUUGGAUAUGCCUUAUCCCAGCUUCUGCAAGCCAAGGAAGCUCCAGAGAAGAUAAUCCCUGCCAUUCUGGCCUCCACUCUUCCCCAGCACUUGCUACAACUGUUGCAACCAGGUCCAAAGCUGAACCCGGGGGUCGCUGUGGAGUUUGCAUGGUGCCUUCACUACAUCAUCUGCAGCCAGGUCAACAAUGCCCUGCUCAUUACCCUCGGAGCUCUGUCCACUCUGGGGCCGCUGCUGUUGGACUUGGCUGGGGCUGUAGAAAGAACUGAGGAUGCAGGACUGGAGCUGCUAGCAUGCCCUGUGCUGCGGUGUCUCAGCAACCUGCUAACAGAGGCAGCAGUGGAGGCAGUGGGCGGGCAAAUACAACUUGGCGACGAGCGUGUUGUGGCAGCUUUAUUUAUCCUUCUGAAGUUCUUCCUCCAGAAACAGCCCAGCCUGCUUCCUGAGGGGCUGUGGCUCCUUAACAACCUCACUGCAAAUAGCCCUAGUUUCUGUACCUCUUUGCUCUCCUUGGAUCUGAUUGAGCCUCUCUUGCAGCUGUUGGCAGUAUCCAACGUAGUGAGCGUGUUGGUGCUCACAGUUCUGUGCAAUGUUGCAGAGAAGGGUCCUGCUUACUGCCAGCAGCUGUGGCCAGGGCCCCUGCUCCCUUCCGUGCUGGCCAUGCUGGCUGCCUCUGACACUGAAGUAGUGGGCCAGAGCUUGGAGCUGCUGCAGCUGCUGUUUCUUUAUCAGCCAGAGGCAGCCCAGGCCUUCUUGCAGCAAUCAGGAUUGGAGGUUCUGGAUAGACAUAAGGAGGAAGCUCAGCUCCAGGACCGUGUGUUUGCUCUCCGGGAGACAGCUCUUCAUGGGUGACUUUUUGAUGCCACACAACCUGCUCGAGCUUCGCCAGCUUUUAGGGUCCAGUGGAGGUUCGGAACCAUACGAGGACUCAUGCUUUCUACUCCAACACCUAAACCAAGACCUUUGACUCCAAGCUCCUGUACUGUCCAAGCAGGAGGCCCAGAAGAACUCAGAAUGGUCCAUGUAUUCCGGGACCCUAUAAUUUUCUUUUCAUGUUUUAAUAACUGAUGACUUUUGAUGGGACAGAAUAAAGAUUUAUUUUUA